CCAAUAAAUCCUACUCAUAUUAAACAAAAGGUUAAAAUAUCUGCCAUGAAGAGUUCAUCGUUGAUAUUGAUUUUUGCUCUUCUUAUGCUUUGUCUAAUUCAUGGGAAUGAGGUGGUAGCAGCAACAACAACGAAGUGUCGUACGCAGCUUUGUCAGUUUGCGAACGUUAGUUUGGAUACUCGUUAUCGUAACGAAACUGGG